AUGGAUCUACGCGCUUCUUUUUCUCUCACCUUCUCUUCUAUCUCUAACAAAACCCCUCCCACACUCUCUCCCUCCUCUUCCUCUCUCCGUCCAAACCCUCUCAAACUAUUGCGAUCCCACUUUUCCCACCGCGGACACUUUAUCCGAAUCCCACCACCACCGUUUUCCCGCCAAAACAAUCUCCCACUCUUACAUACUCGGGUUUCCGAUCCCACUCAAAUUGACGGUUUUGUCCUCGAAGACGUUCCACACCUUACCAAUUUCCUCCCCGAUUUGCCGUCGUAUCCAAAUCCAUUGCAAAAACAGCAAGCUUAUUCCAUUGUCAAGAAUACUUUUGUAAGUCCAGAAGAUGCAGUUGCACAAACUAUUGUUGUUCAGAAAGAUAGUCCUAGAGGAUUUCAUUUUCGCCGUGCUGGACCUCGAGAAAAGGUUUACUUCAAGGCGGAAGAAGUACGAGCUUGCAUAGUGACUUGUGGAGGAUUGUGCCCAGGAAUUAAUACGGUGAUUCGGGAAAUUGUAUGUGGCUUGAACAACAUGUAUGGUGUUCAAGAUGUACUUGGGAUUGAGGAAGGAUACAAAGGGUUUUAUUCGAAAAAUACCAUGAAGUUGACACCUAAAGUGGUUAAUGAUAUCCAUAAACUUGGGGGAACAUUUCUUCGUACAUCUCGUGGAGGACAUGAUACCAACAAGAUAGUCGAUAACAUUGAAGACCGAGGAAUAAAUCAGGUCUACAUUAUUGGAGGUGAUGGUACCCAAAAAGGAGCUUCCCUCAUUUAUGAGGAAGUUGAAAAACGUCGUCUUCAAGUGGCUGUGGCUGGGAUUCCGAAGACAAUUGAUAAUGAUAUUGCUGUGAUAGACAAAUCUUUUGGAUUUGAUACUGCUGUGGAAGAAGCCCAAAGAGCCAUUAACGCUGCACAUGUGGAGGUUAAUAGUGUUGAAAAUGGAAUUGGAAUUGUUAAGCUAAUGGGAAGAUACAGUGGUUUCAUUGCCAUGUAUGCAACUUUGGCAAGUCGAGAUGUGGAUUGCUGCUUGAUUCCAGAGUCUUCAUUCUAUUUGGAAGGAAGAGGUGGGCUUUUUGAGUUUAUUGAACAGAGGUUAAAAGAAAAUGGACAUUUAGUUAUUGUGGUAGCAGAAGGAGCUGGUCAGGAAUUUGUUGCUGCAGAAGUGCAUGCAGUAGGUGAAAAGGAUGCAUCAGGAAACAAGCUACUUCGUGAUGUUGGUCCGUGGUUAUCCAAUAAGAUCAAGGAUCAUUUCACAAAGUUUCCUAAAAUGGCGGUAAAUAUGAAAUAUAUAGAUCCUACAUAUAUGAUUCGAGCUAUUCCAAGUAAUGCCUCAGACAACGUUUACUGCACUCUUCUUGCUCAUGGGGCUGUUCAUGGAGCUAUGGCAGGAUAUUCUGGCUUCACAGUUGGGCCUGUGAACAAUAGACAUGCUUAUCUCCCAAUCGCUCGGGUGACAGAGAGACCAAAUACAGUUCAGGUAAAAGGUAGGAUGUGGGCUAGACUUCUUGAGUCGACGAAUCAACCAAGUUUUGUUACCCCUCCUGACCAACAAAGAGUUGACAAAGAGAUGAUCAAAGAUACAAAUAAGAUCAAUAUUACCUCUACCUAA